UUACUAACUAUGAUUGCAGUAAAUGGAGACAGAGAUUGUGGAUGAAGCUAUAAAGUGAAGUGAAGCUACCAUACAAAUUCAAAAGCAGCGAGACUUUUUAUACGAUUAGCAUAUAAGUUUAAUUGUUCUUGCAAUAAUGAUCAGAGAAUGAAUAUCGUGAAUAUCGUACGCAUGUUAAUUUUGGUUUGCUUCACUAAUUACGAAUUACAUUAUUCGUCAUCUCACUUCAAUUUUCCAGGCUUUCCAAUUUUUCAUGCUGUAAUCUGUGUUUUUGGGGUCAAUAUCAUACUGAUAGUGUUAGUGGACCGCAUGCAAAAAUACCACUGCUUAUCAACUCUGAAAAUAAUAUAUUAAUGUCUAGAUAAUGUAUGUGCCGUGCCGUUCAUAAAAAUUUGUCAGUUGUGACGUUUUGUUGUGCGUCUUCCGUCAUGAAAGCUAUCUAACUGAGGAGAUUAACCUUACCUAAUCGACAUACGGGAACAUUGCCUUAUUGAGUAUUUAAGUGUAAUAGAGAAAUAAACAUGUUCGUAUUCCGUCAGGUUUAUAUUUAAAUAAAUUAUUCAUUAAUUGAGAUCAGGAAGAUGAAUACAUUUUUCAAUAGUAUAUACCAAUUAGCAAGCAGGAAGACUAUAAUUUAUAGGCUAGCUAAUCCGUUUUCGGGUUAGUUAAAAUAUUUACAUAAAUACUAGUGACAAAAGCGACGAAUAAUAGAAACACGUCCUUAUCAGAUAAUUAAAAAAUAUAGAUUAGACAACUCAUCACGUCCGUUAGUCAAAAUUGUCACCUAAAGACUGAAUAGUACUUAAUAUGUACAAACCCAUAUUGGUUGAUACAAAAAAUAUUGGUCUUAAAGUCCGGAAAGUUGUAGUUUGGAACGCAAUGGGCAUUCAUGAGCAUUCAUAGACUAUAAAUUGGCUGACGUAAGACGGAUCAGAUCGCAAUUUACUUACUCACUAGCUAGUAUUUGGUGACUCUUUUUACAUUGCGUUGUACGUGGAAAAUUGUACAGUGAAAUUGAGUUAUAUAUAACGUUAAAUGAAAUCGUGCCACUUUUGAUUUUAUUUUAUUGACUCGCCUUAGUCACAAAUGGAAAAAUGGGAUUGCAAACAAUUCCCGUAUCAACCACACCCAUUGAGGUAGCUUCCCUUGACAUAAGUCUAGAUCUGGUAGAACUGCUACAAUGUCCUGUGUGCCUGGAGUUGCGAAAGCCUCCGAUUUUUCAAUGUGUGGAAGGUCACAACGUGUGCCAAACGUGUCGUCCAAAACUGAAAAACAAGUGUCCCGUUUGUAGGGGAAGGAUGCCACCGGGAUUGAGAAAUCGUGGCUUGGAAGUCGUCUAUAACCACGCCUUGUUCUUUUGUUGCAACAAAGAUUAUGGUUGUCAAACGCUGGUGAGAGGGGACCAGUUCGAAACUCACUUGGAAUUGUGUCCGCAUAGACAGGUGAUGUGCAAAUUCAUGAAUGACAUUUGCCAGUGCAGUUUAUAUGAAAGCACAAAAUCGCACUCUUUUCAAGAUAUUGAAAUCCAUCUCAGGAACGGUCAUGGUAUUUCUGAAUAUAACUCAGGACAGUACUGCUCUCACGAGGAAUCCCUUCAGUUUGACGGUGACAUUCCUUUAGCAUUUUGGAAGUAUGAUGACCAAAUAUUUCUGGAACAAAUUAGUAUCAGGGAUAAUAUUAUCUAUUCCAAUAUUAUUGCGAUGCCUAUGAAAGGAGACGAGAAACCAGAUCAGUUGGAGACUGAAAAAUUAUUUGUAGAAAUGCAGCUUAUUAAGAAAGGAUUUGACUGUGCACCGAAUAUUCGAAAAGCAAUCCAUCCCAUGUGUGUCUGCUCCUUUGGAGGAAAUACUGAAGAUCAAGCGUUGGUUUAUACGGAGUACGAUUUCAAAAAUAGUGUAGCACAAAUCAAUCCUUUCACGUCAAAAUUUUGCUGGAUAUCUCGUAUUGAUUUUAAACUAAUACGCUAGUUCUAAAAAUGUCAAAAUAUUUUAGUUUUAGUUAUGUUUUGUAUGAAAUUGUAUCAUGAAUUUGUUCACUUGAUAAUUUUGACUCAAUUUAAA